AUGCAUAUGCUGCACUUGGGCCAGGGGUCUGCCCAUGGCCAGGGCCCUGCCUGCAAGCCUGAGGCUGUGCCUGGUGGAAAGAGCCUGCCGGGCAAGAAGGAGCGCCAAGGCAUGCCGAGUGGAGGCGGCAGCAGCACCUGGUCCUGGAGGGGUCAGGAGGCCACGGGAAGCCAGCAGAACUGGGCCACUGAGCUGGGCUCUGGGGCAGGAGAGGGCCAGCAGCAGCAGGAGGCUCAUCCAGGGCCUGGCGGCAGCUGCACCAAGAGCAGCUCCGAACUAGAUGAGGCCGGUGGCGCUACUGUGCAUAAGAACCUAGGAAGCUGCCAUGUUGGGGCCCUUUCCUCACUGGAGGCCCAGGGUGCCCGCUCCAACGAGGCUCAGGUGCAGGCCUGGAGCUGUGACUUCUGCCUGCCUGCAGAGCAAGGUGGGUCCCAGACUCAUCCAGGGGCUUCUGAGGUGCACAAAGCUCCAAGUGCCAAGGAAAGGUUCAAGCGCAUUGGCAUCCCCAUCAUCGCUGGCGUGCUGAGCAUCUCCGUCCUCAUUGGCGUCGCUUUCCUCAUCAAGAUGGCCGUGGACUCCUACUAUUUCUUCUGCAGCCACACCUUCCGGUUCAUCCCCCUGAGCCUCCUCUGUGACGGCCACUUGGACUGUGCCUCCGGCGAGGACGAAGCCAGCUGCGUGCAGCAGGUGUCGGAUGGGCCCCCCGUGAGAGUCCGUCUUUCCCGGGACGGAUCCAGCCUGCAGGUGCAGAACAAGGAGACUGGCGCCUGGGCCUGGGCCUGCCAUGACGCCUUUGAGACGACGAUGGCGAUAGAAGCGUGCAGGCAGAUGGGCUACCGCAGUUCAGGCACCUGCCCUGCACCCUGCACUCAGCAGCACCGGCUCAUCCCUACGAGCCGGGGGCCACCAAAGGAGGACCAGCUGCCUCUGCAGUUCAGGUGGCUUCUCUCUCACCUGCGCUACCUGCAGGCUGGCCUUUCGUCAAGCAGUGGGGCAGGCUUGGGAGGGCUGGAUGGAGAGAAGAGGGAUGAGCAGCACAGCCCAGGAGGGCCCAGCAUGGAACCCCCCUCAGCAGUCACAGCCUCCAACAUGCCCAUUGGCUGCGGCUGCAGGAUAGCAGGCUGGCCCAGCCGGCCCUUGGUGGCCCUUCAGCCCACAGGCCCGGUCCUGGCCCGGCGGGCUGGCACUGGUGGGGCUGCUGGGCAUGAUUGGGGCGGGGGGGGGAGGCACGGUGGCCAAGCUCUCUGCCUGUGUUGCAGCGCCCCCACCUUCAGCCCCACGGCCCUUGAGAAUGCAGGAGGGCUGCUGCUCAGAGAGAUCUUUCUGCAGGGCGACGAGCUGCGCUGGCAAGACUCGGGCAGGCAGUGUCUCUCUGGCCUCGGCGUCUCCCUCUCCUGCUCCAGUUGUGGCGACAGCUCGAGGUUCCCGCGGGUCGUGAACGGGAGCCCAGCUGCCAUCAAGAUGUGGCCGUGGACAGCCAGCCUGCAGCACAAGGGGCGGCACUCCUGCGGGGGGAGCCUCAUUGACCCCCGGUGGGUGCUGACGGCCGCGCACUGCUUCCGGGACCGCCUGGCCACUCAGUACUGGCAAGUAAACGGAGGGUCCGAGACACUGGCGAGAGCCGCCUCCGUCCCCGUGGAGAAGGUCUUUGUCAUCGACAUCAAGUCCAUGUUCCCCAAGGACGAGGACAUUGCCCUGGUCAAGCUGCAGAGGCCCCUGAGCAGCACCCCAGGUGAGCUGUCCGAGAGGCUGCAGGAAGCAGAGGUGGAGUUGAUUGACAGCAGCACCUGCAACGCGGAGGACGCCUACCAGGGCGAGGUCACGGAGAAGAUGCUCUGCGCAGGCCAGGGCGGGGCCGACACCUGCCAGGGCGACAGCGGAGGGCCGCUGAUGCUCAAGCAGACCCACUGGCAGGUGGUGGGGGUUGUCAGCUGGGGCCACGGCUGCGGGAGCCCCACCACCCCCGGCGUCUACACCAAGGUGCAGGCCUACCUCAACUGGAUCUACACAGUGCGCAAGUCCGAGCUCUGAAGACCUGCUGGAGGGAUCGAGCCGCAAGGAGUCCUCUGCCAGCACUGCUGAGGAGGACCCCAGAGGGAAGGCGGAGGCUGGGCUGGUGGAGGGAGGGAGGGGGCCCCAGCACGGCCCCCACCCUGCCAGCAGCGCCCCUCUGCUCCUUGGUGGCCCCCUUCGCUGAACCGGGGGAGCCAGGCUGGGUGCACUUUCCAAGGAGCUGCAGUUCACGGCGAGGGACUUGGGACGAUCUGGACCCCACUUGGGCCGGUGCCUCUUCCUUGGAAUAAAGGGCGGAAUCUUUUGCA